CGUCGUUCGUUAGACCCCCAACAGCUCGUACAGCCUCGCUCCAGUGCCCAUCAUGAAGUACGGUGUCGCCUCCAUCAUCCUCACGGCCCUUGCCGGCUCGGCCUUGGCCAUCCCAGGCAUCGUCGAGAAGGUGGAACGGGCCGCCCACGUGGCCUUGUUCAACGCCGAGUCGCUUGCCGCCUCGUCGUCCCCCAACGCCGUCACCAUGGAGGAGCUGAAGGCGAGGAAGCUCCUUCAGCACCAGGAGGACUCGGACUCGGGCGCCUUCGACCUCGACCGCUACGAGGCCCGGCUCGCCAGCACCCCCUGCGUCAAUGGCAAGGCCGGGGAGUACAGCUGCAACAAAGUUGAUCUUAUGGCCUUCCUGCGUCAUCAAGAUUUGGGAAGCAGCACCCGCGUGGGCAACGACGUUUGGGGUUGGACUUCUUCUACCGGUCGCGAGUUCGGUAUUGUCGGACAAUCGGACGGAACCGCUUUCGUUGAGGUUCUGUCCGACGGCAGCCUCAAGUACUUGGGCCGGCUCGCCACGCAGACCGUCUCGUCGUCAUGGCGCGACAUGAAGGUCAUUGGUGACUACGUAUACAUUGGUUCCGAGGCAUCGAACCACGGCCUCCAGAUCUUUGACCUUAAGAAGCUCCUUACCGUCACCACCCCUACGGUAUUCAGCAUCAGCAGAGAUCUCACCGCCCUCUUCAGCGGCUUCGGCAGCUCCCACAACAUCGUCGCCAACGAGGCAACCAAGAUGAUCUACGCCGUCGGAACCUCUCGCUCCGCCAAGUGCCGUGGUGGUCUGUGGAUGGUUGACGUUUCCAACCCGGCCAGCCCGAGGGACGCCGGCUGUGUCUCCGAGGAUGGCUACGUGCACGACGCCCAGUGUGUCAUCUACAAGGGACCCAUGACGCAAUACACCGGGCGUGAAAUCUGCUUCAACUACAACGAGGAUGCGCUCACCAUCGUCGACGUAACUGACAGGACGCGGCCCGUUCAACUGUCGACGACGCCCUACAACGGCGCUACCUACACUCACCAGGGUUGGUUGGCCACCGACGACAUGCGCUACCUGCUUCUGGACGACGAGCUUGACGAGCAAAAUCGCAACGGCCCUGCCUCGGACCAAAAGACUACUACCUACAUCGUCGACGUUUCGAACCUGACCAAGCCCGUGUUCACCGGCGUGUACAAGAGCCCGGCCAUUUCCAUCGACCACAACCAAUACGUUGUCAACGGCCUUUCGUACCAAAGCAACUACGGUUCCGGUCUCCGUAUCGUCGACGUUUCCUCUGUUUCCCGGGACCCCACCGGUGCUGGCUUCAGGGAGGUUGGCUAUUUUGAUGUCCGCCCCGAGGACGAUUCGGUUGGCGGCCGCGCGACUUUCAACGGCGCCUGGUCCGUUUACCCGUACUUCAAGUCUGGAUACAUCCUGAUCAACAGCAUCGAGCGUGGUAUCUACUCGGUCAAGUACAACGCUUGAAGAGUUGAGUAGCAUUAUUAGAUAUAGCAACGAACGGCGCCAGAGCGUCAUAGUUUCACUCUCGUGCUUGAUUCACCUACUCUCAAUGAUAUAUUGUUAAAACUCAAUCGCCAGACUCAGAUAUUAG